CCCGAGGAAAGUGAAGAGACUUCGUGGCGUGUUUAAUAGGCGCGGCGCGUUGCGGCCUUUUUUUACAAGUUGAAGCAAAAAUAAUCAACGAGGUUUUUGUUGUUGCCGUUGUUGCAAGUUGCAAGAGGCCACACGCGCGCACACACGUUGUUGUAUAAAUAAGAACUGUAGACUGUAUCACUGUAGUUACACGCGAAGAAAAAGGAGUCAGGUUUUCACACAAGUGCGAGAUACAUAGAUCGAGAAAGAGAGCGGGGAGUGUACGUGUGUGUGUGCGUGUGCGGGUUUUUUUCACUGCGAGAGCGCCGAGAGCCCCAGAGAGCAGCGUGCACGCCGAGAGAGCGGCUGCAGGAAGAAAAAAAAAUCCCUGUGGACGGUCAGCGCAGCAACAUCCAAGUGUAAAAUUGUGUGUUUACGUGUGUAUGUGCAGUGCAUCAGCGUCGAGCAGUUCACCUCUAGGAGAAGACGCGCGCUAGCGCCGCGUCGUCAAAAAGCCACACGCAUAGGUAUAACAUAUACACGCACCUGGUACUAUAGCAGCAGUGCACAGAGCCAACGAAGCAGGUUAUAUAGUCACCAAGUCACCCAGAGAUCAUCGUAACCACGAGGGGUAUACACCUAUAUACUUUCACACACAAGAGCAUCGGAUCAUAGGUAUCAGAGUGUAGGUGCAGUGUGCGCGUGAUUCGUCGAGUGCGGGUGAGGAUAACCCGGAGGCAAGCGUCUAUCUAUUUCUAUACCUCGUUGGAUUUGGGACUGACUCGAGGCCCCGAUUUUCUGGAAUCGUGAACCCAUUUGGACGGACCAAGACAAAGGGUUCGUUCGUUGGGUCUGAGAAAGACUAAAUGGUUGCCUGCAGACAGCAUGUCUACUCUGUCGGGGAUUGUGUCGAAGGGGGAGAAAGGAAAAACAAAGUACCAAUCUAUAGAUAUCAAUAGUUUGUACACGUCAAGCAGGGGAGAGUCUUCGGAACAGCAACAGCAGAAAAGCACAGUACCCCGCAAACAUGGAAUGCAAAGCUUGGGAAAGGUGCCCUCGGCGCGGCGACCACCUGCUAACCUGCCCAGUCUGAAAAGUGAAACCAACAGCAGCGAUCCAGCUGUUAAUAUCGUACCGAGCGGCGGAAGCGGUUGGGCCACGACCAAGGACACUGCACCUACAACUAAUACCGUAACAACCACCACCCCACCAGACAACACACCUACCAACUCACCGGCACAAUGCACGACAGGACCUCUUGCGUCUCUGACGCCACAACAGCAUCCACCACUGCCAGGGCAACAGUCUCCACAUCCGUUGGAAGCAGGAAACAAGUCAUCAUGGAGUGCGAUUAUGAGCAGAUCAGGAGAUGCUGCAGUUGGUUACGCGGGCCUCGUCGAGUCAGGAAGAGCGCGAGGUACUGUUGGGAUGAAUUUCCUAGCCUAUCAGUCCCCACAGUUCCAGCACGAAUUCCCGAGCUUAAGCGGCGGUGGCGGCGGCGGACAGUCUUCUGCUUCCGCCUCCUCGGUCUCUGCUCAGCAGAGUCCGACCGGCCAACAGCAGCUAAACUCCUCCGCCACAGCGACAAACGCAAUCUCGAGCGCUGUGCAGAGCAACCAAUCCAUGUUGCAGCAACAGUCUUAUUCUUACAAUCACACAGGAGGUGGACCACCAGGUCAACAGCCACAACAAAAUCGAGAAAACGCACAGUAUGGCCCUGGUCCAAGUCUACGUCCACAAACCGAAGGAAUCUGGGUGCAAGGUGGAAGCCGUAUACCGGGCGGGGCAGGAGCCGGGGCAGCAGCAGGAACGGCCGGAGGUGGGAGUAUUCCGGUGGGCCAGGGCCCCCUGCCUGGCCAUGGCGGUCCAGGAGUUUCAGGUCCAGCCGAGAUAGCCACUGGCGGACGACCGAACUUGGUCCAGUCGCCAGGCAUGGUCUCGGCCCAGGGAGGCCAAUAUGACGGGCCAAACAACCAGGCCCGUCAGCCUGCAAAUCAAGUCGGGCCGGACAUGCAUCACUACAGAGGAAUCGUUCCUCCAUUCAUGUUUAAAAGUAAUAACUUCCAGGCCGGCAAUUUUCCGGCACAGUUUCCAGCGAGUGGUAUGCGUGCCCGCUUCGUUUACCCGGAUCGGCCCCCUGGGCCGCAAACACGUCCGGAGCGCGAGCGUGCACCACCCAUCGAAGAGGAAGUAUCAGCAACGGCACCACUCAGACCAAUCAUCAAGGAAGAAGAUUUGUCACGUAUGGAUGACAUCUCACGCGACGCUGGCUGGACUGCCUCUGAUGAUAUAGAUUACAAUCAGAAACUGACCUUUAGCGACGAUGAGAUGGAAAAUGAUGCAUUGUCGUCAAGCGCCGCUAAAAAAGAGGAUGUCAGGAAAGAACAGGACAAACAGGAAGACAAAGAGUUGAGUGCUCGAGACAAGGAGCACAAGGAGAGUAGCGGUCCCGGAAGAAACGAGCCUAGAGGGGAUCUUAGAAAUGAACCCAGGAUUGAAGCUAGGAACGAACCUAGAAAUGAACCCAGGAACGAGCCCAGGAAUGAUCACAGAAGUGACAUGCAGGUACUGCGCUCGUGGAACAAUCAGGGUCCGAUGCCACGUGACUUUCGUGGAGCGCCUGGACCACUACCUCUCAACUACCCGCUUCAGCAAUCAAUCAGACCCAACCCCUUCAGAGAUCAAGACGAAGAGCUUUACAAUCAGCGCCGUCGUGAGCAAGUCAACGAGAAAAUUAUUUCUGCUGUUGAACGUGCCCGUCAGCGCAAAGAAGACGAAGAGAAGCGCUUCCAAGAAUCGACCAAGCAAGCUGCGGCCAAAAAGCUCCAAGAUCUAGAGAAUAAAAUGAAAGAGAAGAAUAAGAUAAAAGAAAAGGAAGAGGAACACCAGAGCGGUCAAUCUCACGACGCAAGUAGCAAGUCUGGAUCAGGCUCUGCAUCCACGACGCCCUCAACCAUCAUACCCAUACCUGACUGGGAACGGGAGCGUGAGGCCCGUGAAACGCGCGAACGUUCACGCACCUUGUCCUCUGAGGGAGGAGCUAGCAAGGAUAUGGAGGGUCAGAAGGGAGGCCGCGAUCAAGUGACAAGUGAGUUCCGCCAGAUUGACCGUCCCUCUUUCGUGCGCCAGCAGCAGCAGGUCGCCGAGCAGUCGUCCUCAUCACUGCCUUCCGGCGGCCCUGGCACGGGUAAUAGCCGCGAUCGCGAUCAGUGGGACACGAGGGAGCCUGCCUUCUCUCGACAGUUUCAAAGUAAUCUACCGCCGAGAUUCCAAAAACAGCAGGCCGAGAGAAGCAAUGCCAGCGUUUCUGGGGCUCCCAAUAACAGGCUGUCUCCCAGCGCUGAGCGCUCCCAGCCAGUUUCAUUUUCUCAACAAUAUGACCCCAGUAGAUGGGCUCAUAACCAUUCCAACUCAUUGAGUAAAUCUGUUCCACCGCGUCGGGUACGAGCAGAUUCGGAUGUAUCUGGACCGCUCGACGAUGACGUCAGACCAAGUCCACGUGGUCCGCCUCUACGCAGCUCCGAUGAUCGACACCGGCACCUGAGCCAUCGCGGCAGGCAAGGAUCUGACGGUUACUACGAUGAUUAUCCACGUCGGGGUGGUGACCGCUACAAGGAUUAUGAAUACGAAGAUAGGCACGGAAGAGACGGUGGCAGCUGGGGUGAUCAUAGCGAGCGUCGUGGAUACGAUGACAAGCUUGAUGGUCGAGACCUGAGAGAAGCAAGAGACCGAGAUCUCAGAGAUCGCGACUCAAGGGAUUCGAGAGAUAUCAGAGAUCUACGUGACAGAGAUGCGAGGGAUUUGCGCGACAGAGACUCGAGAGACGGAAGGGACUUGAGAGAUCGAGAUUCAAGAGAUUCAAGAGAUACUAGAGAUACUAGAGAUACAAGAGAUUCAAGGGAUUCAAGGGAUUCCAGAGAUUCCAGAGAUUCAAGAGAAUCAAGAGAAUCAAGAGACACGAGAGAUACAAGAGACAUGAGGGACUUGAGAGACAGAGAACCAAGAGACCUCCGAGAUCGAGACGUUAGAGAGUAUAAGAACCAAGACUCAUUUGAAGACCAACCAUCUCAGCAUAGCCGCGAAAUCACGAGCAGCGCUCCUGCUGGGCCCGAAUGGCGCGAGGAGCAGCGACGUGGUGAUCUCCGCUCGCACGACGAGCGACCUACGAUCGACAGUAACCGUCGCAGCGGUGACGUGCCACGUUCCAUCGACGAUCAGCGGCCCCAGCGUCCAGACUCCCGUGACAGUCGUGCCUCUCGCGAAUCCAGGACAUCGCUGCGUGCCAUCGACGACGACGGCUUCCACAAGUCGCCGCGCGAUAGCAUCACCACUGGCUCCUGGGCCAACGACUUUUCCGAUUACGAAGAGUCCUCGUCCGUGAGCACGAAAAAGUCGCAACGCGAUAUUUUUCGCGAGGAGAACCGAGAGCGUGACCGCGAUCGCAUCAGAGGUCGGGACCGGGAUGACGUACCGCUACCACCACGCGACCGCCGUCAACCGCCUGGCCCGAUAACCAAAAGUAAACUUGAUCAAGAGGAGCUGAAACGCGACGUCACCUCGCUAAAACGCUCUAGCCUUGACGAAAAGAAGGACAGCCCUAAAGACCUUGGCAACGAGAAGAAGGAAAGCGAGGCCUGGACCCGCAAGCCCGAGCGCACGCUCGAAAGUGGCAAGCGCGAGAUUGACAGUUCGGUCGGCAAGUCUUCGUGGGCCGAUGCCGUCUCACCUAGCUUUGAGAAGGAAGAAGAGGAGAAGCGUGCUCCCCUGGACUCGCAGCACGACGAUGACAAGAAAAAAAUCAGUGACCUCAAACAGAGUAUCGAGAAGCUGAGCAUCGACAGCAAUAAGCGAGCCAGCAGCGAUCUUGAUCAUGACGUUGACAAGGAUGAUCUGAAAGACGACAAGCGUGACAAGAACGCCCGUAACCGUGCCAGCAGCGGCAGUAGAAGCUCCCGUGGACCCCGUGGUAGCGAGCCGCGUGGAUCAAGGCAGUGGGGAGGCGGAGGCAGCGGUGUUGCUGAUCGUGCUGGAGGUGCCUUCGGCAGUGGGUAUAACCAACGCUGGCGCGGUCCCGAGAUUCCUGUCAGAGGACGCCGUUCCAGCGCCAGGUCUAUGGGAGGAAGAUCGGGCAAGGGCGCUGGUAACUACGAGCGCACCGAUUCCGACGAACAGAGCGGCGAGGAGCUGAUUUCUGGUACCAACGAGUCCGGAAAGGACGAGAGAAGACCAGUAUCCGCCAGAUCGCCCAAGCUGUCUGCUCCCAAGGGCGAAAAGGACGAGCGCAAUCGCAGCGCCGCAAUCUCGAGAAAAGACGAACAGUCUAGAGGCGGCUUGAGUCAAGCGGGAGCCGGAGGCUCGUCAUCCGGAACGGGUGAUUUCAAUGCGCCACGAGGCGAGAAGAAGGGUGGAGGCGAGCGUGGUAGUGAGUACGAUGUUCGCGGAUCCGGACGAUCAAAUCGCGAUGGCUUUGCCCCACUGGGCGAGCCGUCGCGUCGCGGUCGUGGUGGAUUUCGCAAUAAUCGGGGAGCUCCUCCACCACCUGCCGUCGGGGGCACCGCCAGUGGGCGUAUCGAGGGUUAUGGGCCUCCCCCCAGCAAGAGCCCCUUUUCCUCGGAGAGAUCAGACGAUAUCAAGCAUCCGGGUGGAGUGCAGCAGCAUUCCUCGACGCCCACACCCUCUGAGCACGAGGAUGCAGGAAACGUCAACAGCCAGUCCGAGUCCACCGAUGACAAGAUUAUCGCCAAACAGCAGGCACUUAAUGCCGGAAUUACUGGCAGGCAUGCGAAAUCGCCAAAUCAGAUGAACGCUAACCACGCUGGUGAAAUGCUUAAAAAGAAGGAUUCUAGGGCCAAGAGAACAAGGAGUGGCAGCAGAAGAGGCAGAGGAGGCAGAAACGCCGCCAACGCUCAAAAUAAACUCAACAACGACGUUGGCAACGAGGAUUGGGAGACUACCUCGGAGAACAGCGAGGAACACCCCGAUGACAAGAAAGACGGUGGUCAUGGGCUGCGAUCCAAGCCUUUUGGUGGUCGAGGGGAGCGUCAAGGUGCCAACUCAAUGGCCAACAACGCGCAGCACCCUAAAGAAUCAAGAGAGCCACGAGGAAACAGAGGCGAUCGAGGUGAUCGUGGUGAUCGAGGUGAUCGAGGUGAUCGAGGUGAUCGAGGUGACCGAGGUGAUCGGAAUGAUCGAGGGGACAAAGGCAUCAAGUCCAAUUUACAGUCCAACCGUGGAUUGGGCUUGGAAAAGAGCCGCAACGUUCAAAAUGCAGAACGAGGUGGAAACAAGGAAGGCUCCCAGCGUAAUCACCACAUAGGUAACAUCCCUCCCCUGAUGCAAAACUCUCAGGCUCAAAACGGCCGACCGAGAAGCCAAAUCUCACUCAACAGCGGUCCAACAUCGAACAUCAAGUCUCUCAUGAACAAGGAAACUACGGUCAACAGAAUCGACGAGAUCAAGCUGAACGAUCCUACCCUGGUGAACCAGGCGCUGAACGAUAUUAAUAUCGGCAAGUCCUUGCCAAAGGACAAGCGUGGGUGCAAUGCCGUUGACGUGGAUGUCGACGGUAACUACGUGGGCGGAGAUGAUGGUGCAAACAUGGGCGACGACAAGAUCGACGCUGAUGGAUUCCAGGAAGUGCGCUCCAAGAAAAAUGUCAAAGACUCGAGUCGUCAGCAACAACAGAGAGACGAGCAGUCUGGUUCGAAAUCCGGACGCCGCGACCGUGACAAAGAUCGCGUCGAACGCGACCGAUCCAAAUCCAAGGCAAACGGACCCCAGUCACAGCAGCAGGCAUCAAACAUCCCGCCACUGCUCGGUCAGCCCAUCAGCCAACCCGGAACUGGCGUGCCGCCCAAGCAGUACGGCGGUGAUCGCGACCGUGACCGUGACCGUGACCGUGAACGUGAUCGUGAGCGUGAUCGUGACCGCGACCGCGACCGAGCUGGUCGCCAGAAGCUCGCGCCCCGCUUCCAGAAGCAGAAACAACAGAAGCUCCUGCAACAGCAAGCUGUUGGUGGAAUCGAGUCUGGGGAGUCCGGCGCUACUGGUAAGCCUCAAAACCAGCUAGCGAAUGCAAUUAAAGACGGCGCGGCCCCUCCUCCUCCUCCUACCGUCAAUGCUUGGGAUAAACCUUUCACAGGUGGAUCCUCGAGCCGCUCGCCGCCUUCGCCCGCUGUCGCUGCAGCCUCGGCCGAUGCGCAGCUGGUGUCAGGGCUCACGGUAUCUGGACAGCAGCAACAGGCUGGCGCUGAGCACGAGGCAUCUGGUCAGCCUGACUCGCAGCAGACGGUUGUGAGUCAGCGAAACUCUCCCAGCUGCAGCGAAAAACACCCCGGCAGCUCCAAACCCAAGGAUUCGUGUACUGGCCCGGACAAGAACAGCAGCCAGGAGUCCACCAAGCCCGUGCAGACGCUCAUCUUUGAAAACACCAACUUCUCCAAAAACAGCAAGACCAAUGUCGGCUCGACUGGCGACAUGGCCAUCAAGUCCAAGUACUCCAACCACAUCAAGACCCAGUCGAGGGACAAGCGCCCGAGUGACAUCGAGGACGACGGUGCGCAGAUGCAACAGCAGCAGGUUCUUUCGGCCGCCUUCUCCAGCAAGCCAAACGAGCUUAUGAAGGAGAAGCUGCCACCCCAGCAGCAACAACAGCAGGAGCCUAUCCAGAUGCCGUUGUCCUUCAAUAGCAAAGAGGACAACGUGGAUAUGAAGUUGGACUUUACAUUCGAUUCCGAUCUGUCGCAGCUCACCGAGGAUAAGAGCAAGAAUCUGGGCAUGCCUCGGUCGAUGCACAUCACCGCGGCUCAGAGCACCAUCUCACCUUCAACAGCCGAGCUGAACAUGAAAAUCGCCUCGGUCAAGAAAGUCUGGGAAAAUGCCCCGCCAAUGCCUACUGUGGUGGAACAUGAGGUCGAUGGCAACGUCGUCAGCGCGGCUAAUAGUUUCCCGCAAGCUUUCGAGAGCAAUGAAGUUGACGACGGAUAUAGCCAUCAGCAAUACAACCAGGCUAAUAUGAAGGGUGAAAUCGCCACUUCGACAAACGUGUGCAAGCUGGUUCCCCCGCAGGUGAAGCCGCAGCAACAGUCGUCGGGUGGCGGCGGUGCCCAGCCCGGCUCCUCGGUUCCCGGACCUAGUCCUAUCGGACCCGGCCAGAGUCCUAUCGGCCACCCACCGGCGAGCCUUCAGGGACCCCUUAGCCCUCCACCUUUCAAUUCUACCGGCCAGCCCUCGCACAUCAAUUAUCAGUACCCCGGCUCGCAAGCUGCAGCAGCACAGUACGGCAGUAUGUCGGCUAUUCCAUCGCCACCAGCUGUUUUGUUUAACACCGGCUCGGGACAAUUGCCCGCCCAGGCAGGUGGACUCUACGGCGCUUUCCAGUUGGACCAAAGCCGAUCGCCUUUCUCACAGUAUCCGCCUUACGCUGCUGCUUCCCUGCAAAGCUCCUUCAACCAGCAGAACAUGUAUCUCCAGCAGGCACCUCCGCCGCACGCUCCGAAUGCACCAGCUGCUGAUAUUUAUCAGAGCAACUUGUCGCAAUAUAGACUUACCGCUGCCGCCGCCGCACCUCAAUUUGGACAGAAUCAACAGUUGAGCAAUAAUCCCAAUACCGUACUUAUUAGUUCGUCAUCCAAUUCCCUGAUGUCGGCCAGUGUCAAGCCAUCAUCGCAACCAAUCGGUGCUAUAGGCACAAAGGCUCAACAUUUCCAGGCACCAUCGGCUCCACAACCAAAUCAAGUGACAUACAUUCCGUACGACCCAAAUCAGGUUUUGGGAGUAAGUGGUAGUUACAUCAAUAACUCGCAGCUCGUGCAGAGACCAGGACACAAUGUCCAACCGUCAGCUAGCAGUUAUUACAACGCUGCUUCUGCUGAUGUAUUUUCCGGCUCACAAACGGGGUUCUACCAAGGUGGUGCGACACAGCAGACCGGAGCUCACUACGGACUGCAGGGGUUUGGCCAACACAGCCAAAACCUGGCUACUGGUAACGCGGCUCCCGUCGGCUUGCAAAACUUUGGCUCGCAAUUUUUGUCUGGCUCAGGACUGCAGUUGGCAGCUGCUGCUCAACAGUAUCGCAAUCCCACGGGUGGACUGCCGGGCCCAGCUAAUGCAGCAGCCAAUUUUUUAAAUAAGCAUCAACAGCAGGAACAACCCCGUCAACUUAAAAGCCCAUCUGGAAAUCAGCAGGACGUAUUAGCCUCGGUCUUUAGCUCAACAUCCCCAAAAUCAAGGAAACAGCAAUCGUCAUCGCAGCAGCCCCAACAAAAUCAAACUCCACAUCACAAAUUUCAGCAAUAUCAGGGUGUCGGGCAAUCCACUCUGGUAAGCAACUACAACACAAACUACCAACAGAAUGUGCGUGGCAUAGGAAUGCCACCACGUGGUGGUAUACAGCCGUCACAGCAGCGUUAUCCGCCGCCGAUUCAACGGCCUGUCGUACCUUUUCCACCGGGCCACAAUCCCAACAACUCACAGCAGGGCCAGCAACAGCAGCAGCAGCAACAGCAAAAUUGUAUGCCCAAUCAGCAGCAACAGUCGCAGAUGAAUCGUCACAGACCCAAUAUUCAUCAGCAACAGCAACGCAACAUGAAAAUGCAGCAGCAGUACUAUUCUGGACAAAGCAAUGUAAAGAUGGAUCCUAAUGACAAGGUGGAUGCACACAACGAUAAAAUUUCUGACGGUAAUGCCGGAAAUCAGGUGGGUGGAAACAAGAAUAUUGUGAAUCCCUCGGAAGGUGAAAUCAAGGAAGAAGUAGCUGUUCAAAAUGAAUAAAUAAAUAAGCCGUUAUUACAAGGCUUUUUAUCUUGCGUUUAAUCAUACAAAUAAAUAUAAAUCUUCAAUUAUCGAAACAACACGAUAAUCAAUUCUAAAAUACAUUACUGGACUCGACUGUAAAAAAAAAGAAUUCUUGGAUUUGAAAAAAAUUCAUCUUGCGUCUUGAUGACAACGUUCGUGCAUGUAUGGAAAGUGGGCGAUAUCAAUUGAUUAUUGCCUCAUCUUAAACAAAGUAGAUAACUUGAGAAUACGCAUACCGAUUUUAUUGAUCGAAUGCCCAUAGAAAGUAACAAUUAUGUUGAACUUGAAAACGAUAAAGGGAGUUAAUUUUUUUUCGGUCGCUUGACGAUACUAAACUGAUGUUUUUACGUCGUUUCAAAAUAAUAUUAUAAAGCAGGCCGCCCCUCCCCCCUCUAACGUUUAAAAAAAAGACAUUUCAAGUUUGCGGUUCAUGCAUGCAACGAAAAAUCACAAACUUCAUACCACCUGAUGCAGUGAAUAUAAAUUAUCCUGCCUGGAUAUUGAAAUGUGAAACAAAAAAAUUCAACAACUUGGACGUUAAUUUUUAGAAUAACAAAAAAGCUAUAUAGCGAUGCUAAACACUAUUCAACAAGUUACGCGCGAAGCAACCUUAAAUAAAAGAAAAAGUGCUUAAAGUGUAUUUUUUUCUUUCUUUAAGCAUGGAAUGACUCCACAAGACUGUCUAUUACUUUGUUUGUUGAGAGAAAAAAAUGCACGCGUAAAUAAAUUGAACUUUAGAGUAAAAAUCUGUGAUGGGGUCGCUACUCUGUAUGGCUUUGGACUAAAGAUAGAAAAACAAAAAGUAAUUAUUCAACAGUAUCAUCGAUAAUUGACCUCACCCUUUGCACAGGUUACGAUUUAUAUUUCACCAUUUAUAAAGCUGUGGAAUCUUUCGAAGUACUAACUGACCAUUAUUGUUAUUAGCAUUUUUAUCAUUAUUAUUGCCAAAGCUGAAAAAAGUAUAUAGUCUACAAAAAUAAUGAAG